AUGGACAAUUUGGUAGACCUAAAUCAAUCAAUCCUUAUCCCGUAUAACAAUAACAGCGUAGUCCACAUCACCAAUCUGCCCGUAAAUAUAGAUUAUGGGACACUUUUCCGCGCCCUCCGCGGCACGGGAAAGAUAAACCGAGCCAAUAUAGCCGGGAGAGAAGCAUUCGUCCAUUUCUGGGGGCUCGACGGCGUCGUGCGUUUACUAGAAAAGAGUAGAGAUGGUUUGUUCAUCAUCGGAACCCAAAGACCCUUUGUGAAAAUCGCCGUAGAUUCCCCGGAGCGACCGCUAGUGUCGGACCAAUUAUCGCGAGUUCUUAUCAUCAGCGGCCCCAAGGAGAUUAUAAACUACGAGAACCUCUCCAUAUUAUUUUCAGAGAAGUUCACAUUCAACGUCGAGUCGAUCGAGAUCUCAGAUGAAGAACUAGGUUACCAGACGAUGCGGUGGUCUUUCGCUUCCUACACUCAGCAAAGCCUCCUGGCGUGUAGAACAAUCAAGGAAGAGAGGCAAAAGGCACUCCGAACAAGCCGCAAUUUCUACAGCCCCUGGAAAUUUGUAUGGUUUCGUUACGACAGCGAUCCUUGCCAAGCCUACCAGACGCUCGUACUACCCCCGCAUAGAGCUUCACUACCUAUACAUCCACUACCCUCUCCUGGACAACUAUCCUACGAAGACUAUCAACCCCUCCCUUCCUCUUCCUCUAGGAAUCAUGACUCAACCACGCUCAACGAGGACGAAGAGGAAAACGAAAACAAACCAACCGAUGAAAGUCUCUCCCAAAAUAUGUCGUCCGCCAGUUUUAACAGCGAUCCGGAACAACACUACAGGAAAACCACGGGUGGAGUAUCACUGCCUUCACAUACACCACCUCGUAUUGGGGAAUUCUUCCAGGGCCGCCGACGUUCAUUCUAAUCAAUCCCUAUCAAUAACUCUUUGCUCGUGUGUUUUUUAACGGUGGGUGAUCCGGUUGGAAAGACCGUGUGUCGAGUUUUAUACUCAUGAUCUACCUAGACUUGGGUAGUAUGUAUAGUAAACCCUUACCAUAGCGAAUCUACGAUAUAGCGAAUUCACUUUUUAACGAAUCUAAAGUGAUGGCUUUUGGAAUCUUAUAUAAAGAUUGUAAAACAAGUAAACCUAUACCAUUUUAGACUAGGACAAGCAUUUACCAGCCGCCGUCAUAUCAUG